CACAUGAAGGCCAAGAAGGCCGCCCAGGUGCUGGGCGUAAAUGAGGGCGACGACGAGGCGACGAUCACGGCGGCCUUCCGCACGCGCGCCGCGCAGUGGCACCCCGACCGGAACGAAGGAAACCGAGACGAGGCGACGCGCCGCUUCGAGGAGAUCAACCGCGCGUUUCGCGCGCUGAACCAGAACGGGAACACAGCGGGGGAGGCGAUGGACCUGAGCGAGAUGCUCCUGUUCUUCCAGUUCAUGAUGGGCGGCGCGUCGCAGCCGACCGAGGACGCGGCGGCGCUGAGCGUGUCCGAACUAAAGAAGCGCCUCGAGGAGCGGGGCGUGGACUACGCGGGCUGCGUGGAGAAGUCCGACCUGGUGGAAUUGUUGGAGCGGGAGACGGCCGAGGACCAGCGGCGCGUCGCGAAGGCCCGGCGCGCGGCGCGGAAGAAGGCCCAGCAGCGCCGGAAGAAGGCCCGGGAGAAGGCCGAGCGGAACUCGAGCGAGGAGCAGGACGCGGCGCUCGUGCGGGUCGCGGACGCGGUGUCGAGCGGCGACGCGGCGCUGGCCCGGAGCGCGCUGGACGAGGCCGAACGUGCUCACCUGGCGCCGGGCGACAAGUACGCGCGGCUCUUCGAGCACGCGCGCGAGCUCGUGCGCCGCGCCGACGAGGACGAGGCGAGGGCGCGGGAGGCGGCCGCGAGCGAGAAGGCGUCCCGCGAGAAGCUCGAGGCGAAGAAGGAGCGGCGCGAGGCCCGCCGCAGGGCCGAGGAGCGGGCCGAGGCCGAGGCGCGGCGGAAGAAGGAGCUCCGGGAGGCCGCGCGCAAGGAGAAGAAGCAGAAGCGGCGCGAGGCGCGCGCCGCGGCGGCGCCGCCGGCGCCGGCGCCGGCGCCGCGCCCGGCCGGCGGCGCGCCGCCGCGCGCCGACGCCGCGCCGCCGCCCCGCGCGGAGCAGGCGCCGCCGCGGCCCGUCGACCUGGAGGAGCUCGAGGCGGAGCAGCUGCGGCGCGCCCUGGAGGCGUCCGCCGCCGAGGCCGAGGCCGAGGCCGAGCGCGCGAAGCAGGCGAAGCGCGAGGCCGAGCGCCGCGAGCACGAGGAGCGGCGCGCGCGCGAGCGCGCGCUGCAGCGCGAGUGGAACGCGACGCAGCGCCAGGCGCACGCGCGGCAGGAGGUCGAGCGCGCGGACACGGCGCGGCGCGAGCGCGAGCUCCAGCGCGCGUCGGCGACGGCCGCGGCCGUCGCGCUGAGCGGCCUGGACCUGGGUUUCGGGCCGCCCGGCUCCGACUUCGACGACGCCGAGCCGCGGCGGCCGCCGCCGCGGGGGGGCGACUUCCCGGGACUGGGCGAGCGGCCGGCGCCGCCGCCGCCGGCCUUCGCGCCGCCGCCGCGCCAGAACUUCUACGGCGCGGCCGGCUCGCUGGCGCCGCCGCCGCACGCGGCGCCCGCGUACGGAUUUCAGGAGCCGCCGGCCGCGCCCGCGCGGCAGUGGAACGACUCGUCGCUGCGGGCGGCCCAGGGCCUCGAGACGCGCGCGCCGGAGUUCGUGCCCGGCGCCUACGGCGGCGGCUUCGCCGCCGGCGGCUACGGGGGCUUCGGCCUCGCCAACGGGGCGCCCGCGGACGAAGACGCGUACCCCGAGGGCGGCAUGGGCGGCAUCAUCGAGGCGUCGCUCGACAGUCUGGUCGGCGGCGACGCGUAG